AUGUUUGAGAAAGCUCGAAGCGCUAGGGGGAGAGACCGGAAAGCCUUGGAAUUUAUUGAGAAUGUGACUAGCAAGGCGGAGGAAGUGCAGAGGGAAGUCCUGUCUGCUAUUCUCACCACCGAUGCUAACACAGAAUACUUGCAGAGUUACGGCCUUAAUGGAAGCAGCGAUAGAGAGGCUUUUAAGAAGGCUUUGCCCCUCAUCACGUACAACGAUCUCAAACCUCACAUUCAACGCAUUGCCGAUGGAGACACUUCUCCAAUCCUUUGUGCUCUUCCUGUCACGGAAUUUCUCAGGAGUUCAGGGACAUCGGAGGGAGAGCCAAAGAUGUUGCCAACUAACACGGAUUAUGCAGAAAAAAGAAAUUUAUUCUUCGGUCUUGUCAGGGCAGUCAGGAAUCAAUAUGUGGAAGAACUGGGCGAUUGGAAUACAUUGCAUUUUAUUUUUGUUAGAGAUGAAAUGAAAACGGCAGGGGGAUUGGUGUACCGUUCAGCUACGACCAGCCUUUACAAAAGCCAGCGGUUCAGAGAUGCUUUCCACUGCAACCUCUACACCAGCCCUAUCGAAUGUAUUCUGUGCACGGACGUUUACGAGAGUAUGUACUCUCAGCUGCUCUGUGCUCUCCUACACAGAAAACAAGUCAUGAGAAUGGGCGCCCUGUUUGCUAAUGGGUUCCUGAUGGCCAUACGUGUUCUGGAACAGCAUUGGACGCAAUUGUGCUUCCACAUUGAAAGUGGAAUCCUCAACAAAGAAAUAAGGGACCCUUUUGUAAGAGAGGCCGUUACCAAGAUUCUCCAGCCAGACCCAAAUUUGGCCCAGUUAAUCAGAAGUGAGUGCUCCAAUGGAAGGUGGGAAGGCACCAUAAGACGCUUGUGGCCCAACGCAAAGUAUAUCGAUGUUAUUGUGACUGGUACAAUGGCUCAAUACAUUCCUAUUCUCAAUUACUACAGAGGGGGACUUCCUUUCGUCUCUAACUACUACGGUUUCUCAUAGUCUUUUGGGAUCAAUUUGGAACCGUUAUGCAAUCCCGAGGAUGUGUCAUACACACUUCUCCCCAACAUGGGUUAUUUUGAGUUUCUUCCAUUAAGGAAGGGAGAAUCUGAUGAGCAAGACCCACAAGAUGAUGAAGAGCUGCAAGAGUUAGUGAAUCUCGUUGACGUGGAAGUUGGUCAAAUCUAUGAACUCGUGGUCACUACAUAUACAGGAUUGUAUCAUUAUAGAAUGGGAGAUAUAUUAUUGGUCACAGGAUUUCAUAAUGAAGCUCCUCAAUUCCAAUUUGUGUGCAAGAAGAAUGUUCUAUUGUCAAUUGAUUUUGAUAACACUAGUAAAGUAGAGAUUCAAAGUGGGGUAGAUAGUUGUUUGCAUAAUUUGGAGAUCAUUGGUAGCAAACUCAUUGAUUAUACAAGCUAUGCAGACAUCUCUAUGACACCAAGUCACUAUGUUUUAUUUCAGGAGCUUAGUUUUAGCUCGGAAACAAUGGUUGAACAUCACAAAUCAAUUCUUGAAGAUUGUUGCCUAAUUAUAGAGGAAUCUUUAAAUAAUACCUAUAAGAAAUCUAGGGUAACGGCUAAAUCCAUUACACCUCUUGAAAUAAGAAUAGUGGAGGAGGGAACAUUCAAUAAAUUAAUGGAUUAUGCUCUUGAUAGAGGGAAAUCUAUCAAUCAAUACAAAACACCUAGAUGUAUACAAUCCAUUUCCAUGCUUGAGAUUUUAAACUCAAGAGUCACUCAUUCUUAUUUUAGUAUUAAUUUCCCAAGCUUAAUUUAUAAGUAA